AUGCACAUCCACGACGUCCUCAUCGUAGGCGGCGGACCAGCAGGUCUAGCAGUCGCAGCUCGUCUCCGCGAACACACCCCUUCAGCAACCUUCACAGAUGACGAACACCAGCGGUACCACUGGAUCCGAAAACAUGGUCGGAAAAUGAGCAUCAAGAACUACAGAACCAACAAAGACUCACUUCCUACACCACCCUCAUCCCCAGAAAGCUCAGACUGUGGAUGCGAACACCAAACACCAGCACAUGAGGCGAUGGACAUGCUCGUUCUCGAUGCCGAUGGCGCCGACUGGAUGGCGAAGUGGAAGCGUCUCUUCAAAACGUUUCAUAUCGACUACCUGCGCAGUCCAAUGUUCUUUCACGUCGACCCAGCGGAUCGAGAUGCGUUGCUUGGAUAUACAUAUGAGAAUGAGAGGGAGAAGGAUGUCCAAGCACUUCCAGGUGUUGCUGGUAAGGAAGUCAGCAAGCACAAGAAGAAGAAGACGAUAAAAUCACAAGGUCGAUUCCUUGGCCGGACACCUGAUGUAGACGAAAGAGACCGAAAGGACUACUUUGUACCGCGUACAGAUCUCUUCGAUGCACACUGCGAAGAGAUCAUCAAGCGAUAUCGCCUUGGUAACGAUAUGCUCCGACAGGAACGCGUAGUCAACAUUGAGUAUGAGGAGAUUACGAGCUUCCUGGAUGCAGAGAAUGACAGUGUCUUCUCAGACGAUGCAUCAGAAGACGACAGAAAAGUCUUCCGUGUUACGACAGACCAAGGCGUUAAGCACUUUGACGUCGACCUCGAAUGGGUCGGCAAAUUCCGCAACCUGAAGCAAGCAGAGUUCUGGACCGCAGACACAGAUGAAGAGCGCUUCGAAAUGAUGAUGAAAGCCCGAAACGGAGGCAGUAUGACACCACGCUACCGCAAGAUCCUCGAUACCCAGGUAGCGCGUGGAAACAUCUCCCUACACACCUACACAACAUUAAAAUCUGUAGACUGGGACCCAGACGCGAAAACCUGGACAUGCAAAGUUGACGCCGCAGACGUGGAGCUUCCAUCCAUCGACUACAUAGUCUUUGCAACAGGCAUCCAGACAGAUGUACGUAGUAUACCGUACCUUGCCUCUCUCCAACAGCAGUACCCAAUCAAAUACGUGGGCGGGCUACCGUGCUUGAACGAAGAUCUCAUGUGGAGAGAUGACGUUCCACUUUUUGCUACUGGAAGGCUAGCGGGACUAAGGCUGGGACCUGGGGCGCCGAAUUUGGUGGGCGCGAGAGUGGGUGCGGAGAGGAUUGCGUGGAAUGUGGAUGAUGCGUUGAGGAAGUUGGGGAGGCUGAGGGGUAGUGGGGCAGAUGAGAGUGAAGGGGAUAGUGCGGAUGAGAAGAUGGAUGAAUGCAUGACCAAGGAAGUUCUGGCCAGAGCAGGAAAGUGA